UGGGGGUUCCCACUCCCCGGUCCGAGGGAGGAGGGGACUAGGGGCCUGGAUUCCUGGGUCUGAGGGAGGAGACGCUGGGGGGUCUCCACUCCCGGAUCAGAGGGAGGAGGGACCGGGGGCCUGGACUCCUGAGACCGAGGCGGGCGGAGGGCUGAGCGAGCCAGGCCGGGCUUCCCAGGUCCCGGCCCGCGUGUAGAAGGCGGGAUCCCCCGGCCCCUCCUCCGCCGUCCGGCGCCGCCCCGCCCCCGCCCCCGACCCGGGCCCUCCGGAGCGUGUGCAGCGAGGAGCCGGCGGGCGAGCGCGCGUCCCUGCAGCCGACGAGCAGGAGGAGGAGGUGCCGCCGCGCCAGGGGCAGCCGAGGGAGCCGAGGAGGGCGCCCCAGGUAGUUGCCCCCUCCCUCUACUGAGAUGUCAGGAAGGAGGGGGCCGCCUGUGUCCCCCCCAGGGGCCCCCUGGAGCCUGGGGGCCCCCAGCCCGGAAGCUCGGAGGUGGAGUAGGUGCUGACAGGUGUUCAGCGAGAUGCUCCCCCACCCCUCAUGGUCCCUCCCCAUCCUCCUCCUCAGCCUCCUCCCCUGUGUCCCAGUGGAACCCCACCCCCCGCCCUCGCCACUGCCCGCAUUUCCAGCCCCUGAGUGGGACCUCCUGUCCCCCCGAGUAGUACUGUCCAGGGGUGCCCCCUCGGGCCCCCCUCUGCUCUUCCUGCUGGAGGCUGGGGCCUUCGGGGAGCCCCCAGGCAGCCCUGCUAACCGCACUCGGCGAGGGGUGAGCGAGACAGCACCCGCGAGUCGCCGGGGAGAGCUGGCUGUGUGCGAUGCGGUCAGCAGCUGGGUGACAGACCGCCGGACGGCUGUGGACCUGCGUGGGCGCGAGGUGGAGGUGCUGGGCGAGGUGCCUGCGGCUGGUGGCAGUCCCCUCCGCCAGUAUUUCUUUGAGACCCGCUGCAAGGCUGACAACACAGGGGAAGGUGGCCCCGGUGCAGGCGGAGGGGGCUGCCGGGGCGUGGACCGGAGGCACUGGGUGUCCGAGUGUAAGGCCAAGCAGUCCUAUGUUCGGGCGUUGACCACCGAUGCUCAGGGCCGUGUGGGCUGGCGAUGGAUCCGAAUCGACACCGCCUGUGUCUGCACACUUCUCAGCCGGACUGGCCGGGCCUGAGGCCCGUGCCUAGGAACUGGACCCGCAGAGGAAGAAAGAGAGCAGGCUGCCAAGGGACCUCAGGCGUGACUUGGCUGCUCUGGGCCUUGUUUUGGGAACUUGUUCAAUGGUCACAAAAAUCAUAGCUCUCGUAUUUUGAGAGCUCAAUCUGUACAAUUUGUACGAGACAAAACCAAAUGGGGUUUUGAAGGAUGAAUAGGAGUCCUCCUGUGAACCCAAGGGUGAUGAUGAUGAUGACAGCCCGUGUUUUCUGACUGCCUGCUGUUUGUCAGCUCUAAUACACGACUUGUCACAUCAGCUUGGCGGACUUGACCCUGGAGGCCUGUAGCUUCUAAGUUGCUAACUAUGUGAUCUCAGGGGACAUCACCUCGCCCAUCCUGGAGAGAGUGACAGGGAGGGACUGUGCCAAGGAGUCAGUUGGGGAGCAUAAAAACUGGAACGUGUGAGCAACUGGCUGGAAGCUAGGAUUCGAAUGGGAAGUUAACUAGGUCAGAUGGGGCAAGAAUGUUCUGUUUUGUGAUAUGACCUACCUGUCACAGUAGGUACGCAAGAUAGAAGGUCAGGAUGCUAGAGAAUUUGGCCCGAGUGGGGACUUAGAGUCAGGUUUCCACCACCCUUCCCUGUCUCGACCUUUACCCCACAUUGGGAAAGAAAUAAACAUUAACAUUGUCCAGCUUGAGGAGGGCAUGAGGUUCUGACCCAUUGGCCUGGCCCCUGGAGAGGAUCAGGGGUCAUUUGGACACUGAUAGGCCAGAACAACCCAACAGGAGAGGGGACCCUAGAAACCUGAAUGAGGGGGCCAGAAGGCAGUCUCAGUGUUUCCUGUCUACAGAAUGGGUCGGCAGGAUGAGUUAGUGGGGCCAAGGAGCCAGGGGCCUCAGCCAAAAGGUCUUUAAAGUGAGGCAGUGACCAGAGAAGUCAGGGGCAGAUCCCCCAUCCUCAGGGCACCCCAUCACAUAUUCCCACUCCACAGCUUCACACCUGUUACCAACACACAGGCUUUAUUAGAGAGCCAGCUCCGGGCUGAGGGCAUAGAGAUCUGGCACCAUCACAGACUGGGCCCCUGGGGAGAAGGGUGAGGCGGCCUCUGAGGCUGCAUCUCUGUCCCAAGUCUGCAGUUCUGCUCUCUCUUUCUUUUGCCACUUCCCCAUCUCUUGUCUCUGGGACAGUAGCUCUUUUUCUGUCUCUGUUUCUUAGUCACUGUCUCUCACCCAUUCUUGUAUUUCUUCUCAUUCGUCAAAGCU